AUGGUCCCCGAAUCAGUCGACGAGCGCAUCAUCGAAGAGCACCUCCUCAGAGACCGCUUCUACAACCUCGACUACACCUCCAUGUCCCCUGCCUCCGCCGCAAAAGCUGCUGCCUCCGCCGCCAGAGCUGCUGCUUCUUCUUCCUUUGCGUCGUCUGUAUCUGCUUUCCUUGAUCAGCUGCUGGUUGUCAUUGUUGCCUUCUUCAUCUUGCUCGCCGUCUACGCUUUCAUGAGAGGCAUCCGCCGACGAAAAGACUCCUCCUCGCCCAUCCUCCCCUACGCAUCCUCCCCCCCCUACACCUCCUCCCCCACCUUCGCCAGCUCAACAUCGACCUCCUCCUCCGCCGCCUCCUCUCCCGCCCUCUCCUCCUCCUCCCUCUUCUCCUCCUCCUCCCUCGGCGUCGGCGCUAGAGACAAAUACUCAAAGCCCUCCGGCGCGUUCGAAAAGCUCUACUCGCUCAUGACCUCCGAAGACCGUCUUCGCCAGGACUGA